AUGAAUUUGCUGCGGUCAUGCUUUGGAGUCCUUCGUGACAAGAUCUGCGACCCUCGUGAACGCCAUAGGCGAAAACUAAAGGCAGUCUCGACCGCACCUAUCCCUGUUUCAAUGUUUCCCAAUGUCUACGAGAGUAAACUCGCCAGCGGAAUACUUAAAUAUGAGUAUGAAGUAAUCCAAGGCGAGGUGGAUGAAAGUGGUUUUUGUUCCGCUGCAUUUGCGGAAGAAAACGGAAAGAAGAAUCAGAACGUACAUGUCAUUCCAUAUAAUGACAACUGUGUAAUUCUUGAGCCGGAACCAGACGACAAACAUUCAACAUAUAUCAAUGCCAGCUGGAUUGACGUAAGUCAUUGUCUGGACAAAUUUGCCUAA